UGGGUCGCCAAUUACGACAUGGGUCUCAACACGUCAUCCCCCCGCAAGCGGGCGCUUCAGCGACAUAUUCGGUUUCGUGGAAUCGAGAAAUGGAAGAUGGGAGAGAUUAUUGCAUCGCUUCCACUUCUCAUUUUCGUCGCGCUGUUCUUGUUCUUUAUUGGAAUAGCGGACUGGCUUUGGCACAUGAACUGAGCCAUAUCCGGAAUCGUUAUUGGAGUCGGACCAGGAGUGACAAGGAGCAACAGCUGACGUUCGUCAAACAUGAGGAGAAGAAAUUCGAAGAGAAAAGUGCGAUUACGCUAGACGGACUUUUAUGGCUCGCAAAUCACACCGAGAUAUCACCUUCUUCACGAGACGCCCUGAUCAUUCUCAUCAAAGAGUUGACAGAGGUACCGGCAUUGACGCUGAUGGAUGAGGCGAAGAUGAAAGAGGCACCUUGGAAAGCGAUCUUUGAAAC